AAAAUAGUUUCAUAGAUGAGUUAAAUUUUCAAUUAACCAUUAGUAUUCGAUAUUAAAUGGAGCAGUAAGUACUAUGUGUAAUAAUUCAAGGGGGAUGGACUUUUUUUUUCAUUGGAAACGUUGAAAUGUUGAUUUGAUUUCCAAGAUUUUUGUAACAGUGAGUGGGAUAAAAGCUCAAGGAGAUUUUCUUUAAUUUCAAUUGUAAAUUCAAGGGCACUGAGCAUUUAACUUAAUGAUAGUAUAAUCAUUUAAUUGCAGAAUGGUUUUUAUGCCGGCUAAUUACUUGUAAAGACAUUUGCAUUGGUUUAUUGUAUUGGCAGGUAUGCAUGGGUAUUGAGCACCAGAUGAAUGUCACUCACGAUCACGCGGUAGACCUCAAGGGCUCUCUGGACCCUGGCUGCAGCUGGUUUAUGAUCCCACCUCUACACCGAAAGAGUGAGAGACAAGUAAAAUCAUUUCUCCACCUGCCGUCCGUCUCGAACGUUAUAGUUCGUCAGUGGCUAUUCAAGAAAAACGAAUUGAGGAGAAAUUCAAAAGAGUUUAAGCGAUUGCGCUUGAAAAUGGAAAGUUUAUCAGUUUUAUAUAUUGUUAAAUAUAUUUGUGAAAUUGGCAUCGAAAUUUAAAAUAUCAAGAGCAAAAAUUCAAGUUUUCAACUUUAAUAAAAUUUGGUAAAUUUGGUAAUAAUCCAAAUGUAAUAUGAUGAAUUAAAAUACUUGACGACAACAUGAGAAGGAUCCACAGUGUUAGAAUGAGUUUAAAGUGUACAUUUUUAUUUCUCCUUGCCAUCCGAGUGUUUGGUGAGGAAGAUCUAAGGACUUCCACUAAGUUAAGAUUAUCAUUUUUGAAUGAUAAUAAUGAGGCAGAUGCCACUGUACAUAAACCAAGGAGUUUGCCGGAUGUUCGAGUGAAUAUAUCAAAUUCCAAUUGGCAUACAAUAGCUGACAGAUUGGAUGUAUACAGUUCUAAAAAUCUUGAGAAACAUUGGGAGGAAGGCAAAUAUCCUGUGGGAGCACAAUGUGAAAGGGAUAUUACGCGAUACGUCCUGGGUCUGAGGAAUCAUGAAAUUUGGGCUCUGAAAGCUGAUGAUGCAUCAGGAAGGUACACAAAUGGUUUCUUUUGGGGCAAUUCGUACUUUAUGGGAUCUGCGACAGAAUGUCAAUACAUUGGAUACGAUUAUUCGAAGAAAAAUGAAAAAUUUGUAUCAGUGGAAUCAAUCAACGAAGUGCAAGAAUUCAAUGAAGAACCAAAAAAGAGCCAAAGAAGAAUCAAUAAAGGAUUAUCGGGAAGUCAUAUAUCUUACAAUGUUCCAGAUACUCCUCCAUACAAACUAGGAUUCUUCAUGAUGACAAUCUCGAUCAAUGACAGCAUUCUUUCACCAGUUACAAGAACAAUUCAAUUGGGAGUCUGCCUUCCCUUUUCUUGCACCGCUCAAGACAUGUUUACCAUAGGAAAAUUAUCAGCGAGUGAAAGCGCUUUGAAGCAUUCAUUUAUAGAAAAAGUUCGAGAUCAGCACAAUUAUUAUGAUAUCUAUCAAGAUCCUACCUUUUGGGCAUUAUUUGGUUCUACAGUCUUUGUUGUUAUUUUGAUGAUAAUUGGAACAGCUUAUGAUUACUAUCUAUCCUUCAAAGUCACUCAGAGACGAGCGGCAGUUUUUUACGAUUCGGAAAAACAUGCGAAAUUGGAGCAAGGUAUAAAUGAUCAUUUUGAUCAUCAUAAAAAGUCAAAUGAAUUUGACGGUAAGAUCUACAUGCCUGUUCCAGUAUUAGGAGAUGCCGUCGGGACCAUAGUUGUCACUCCGGUCAACAAUAAUAAUGAUCAUGAGACGAGCAUUCCACCGAUUGGGACUACCGUUCAACAACUCAAUGUUUGUGAAGAAUUGCUACUGUCAUUCUCCGUACGCGAGAACAUGAAAACAAUCUGUGAUCCUGGAGUCGGUAGAGACACUAUUAGUACAAUUCACGGGCUCAGAGCCAUUUCCAUGGGCUGGGUUAUCCUGGGACAUACCUGCAUUAUUAUCUUCAAAUAUUCGGAUAAUAUGGAGUAUCGAAAAGUUGUUGAGAAGAGAUUUCUCUUCCAGACAAUUACCAAUGGAGCAUUCAGUGUGGACACAUUCUUUUUCAUGGGUGGAUUACUAGUUGCUUAUUUAUUUUUUCGAACAAAUGCCAUGGGAGAUCUGAAUAAACUGACGCAAGGAACUCGGGGAUUCGUUGCCGGAUUUUUAAAGUUUAUUGGACUUUUACUUUAUCGUUUCUGUCGGCUUACUACACCGUAUAUGUACGUUUUGGGAGUUGUCGAGGUUGCUAUGAAGUGGUUCCAUGCCAAUUCUGUUUUUGAACCGCCUACACCUGACCAUGAAAAUUGUCCAAAUUAUUGGUGGAGAAAUUUACUCUACAUUAAUACACUUUUUCCCGUUGAUCAAAUGUGCAUGCUCUGGAGUUGGUACCUAGCUGACGAUACCCAAUUUUACAUUGUCGGUGCGGUAAUCCUUGUAAUUGCAACAAACCAUUUGAAAGUAGCAGCUUUCUCAGUGGUUACAUUAAUGGUGAGCUCAUGGCUUACCACAGGAUACAUAGCACUUGUCAAUAAUCACAUGCCCAGCUCGGAUGACCCAUUAGCACUGUUUGAUAAAAUUUAUGAUAAGCCAUGGACAAGACUGGGUCCUUACCUCAUUGGAAUGUCCAUUGGAUAUUUUCUAUUCAAGACUGAUUGUAAAGUCAAGAUGUCAAGAACAACAGUUGUUGUCGGCUGGCUAUUAUCAUCUGCAUGUUUGCUGAGUUUACUUUAUGGAUUGUACGAGGCUGAAUUAUCACCAAUCACAGCCGCUGCUUAUUCUUCAUUGAGUCACAGUGCAUGGGCACUAGGUCUAGCUUGGAUCGUUGUUGCUUGCAGUACCGGAUAUGGAGGAUGGGUGAAUAAAAUUCUUUCAGCGCCAAUUCUCUAUCCCUUCAGUAGAGUCACUUAUUGUGCCUAUUUAGUUCAUCCAAUGAUUAUUCGAUUAACUGCAAUGAAUUUGGAUUCACCAUUUCAUUUGGGAAAAGAUACCGUGGUAGUUACAUUCAUUGGGCAGGUUGUGCUUUCCUACAUUGUUUCCUUCGCCGUAUCUCUAUCAUUUGAGGCGCCUAUUGUUAGUAUGCUCAAGAUUCUUUCACCCAAAAAGAAGAAAAGAAUGCAAUGAACUUGAGUUUAUUAUUAUUAUUAAAAAAUAAUUUAUAUGUAAGAUUUUUUUUCCAAUGGAAAAAUUGAAGCAUCCCAUGAUAUUUGGAAAACGAUAUAAAUAAUUUUUUCCCCUUAUUAUUAUUAUUAUUAUUAUUAUUAUU